AUGAGUUUUGUACUUACUCUGAUAUGUGAUGUUAAUUUUGUCUUGUUGCAGAUUGUUCGCGAUGCUGAAAAAUUGGCCAUGCGGAUGAACCACAGAGGAGCAUGUGCCUGCGACAAUGACACAGGAGAUGGAGCCGGGGUGCUCACCGCCAUUCCACACAGCUACUAUGCCCAUGAACUCAGAGAGCAGCACAGCAUAGAUCUGCCACCGUUUCGACAGUACGCUACUGGCAUAUUCUAUCUGGACAAGAUCCACCAUGCCGACUGCGAGGCUCAGUUCACCAAGAUUGCUGAGGAGUGUAAUCUCAAGGUGCUGUACUGGCGUACAGUCCCCACCAACAGUGCCGGGAUAGGUGAGGUAGCCCGCAGCGGGGAGCCGUUCAUGAGGCAGGUGUUCGUGGUACCCGCGUCGCCGCUGCAGGAAGAUGAACUCCAGAAGCAGGUAUUCGUAUUGAGGAAGAGGGCCACACACAUGAUUCCCAAGCCUGGAGUCAGGUUCUACAUCUGCUCCCUGUCCAACACGACAGUCAUCUACAAGGGACAGUUCACUUCUGAUCAGCUGUGGCGUUACUUCACUGACCUCAAGAGUCCUGACUUUGACACCUACCUGGCCCUGGUCCACACUCGAUUCUCCACCAACACGUUCCCCAGCUGGGAACGAGCUCAUCCUCUCAGGAUGUUGGCCCACAACGGAGAGAUCAACACGCUGAGAGGCAAUGUGAACCUGAUGAAGGCGAGAGAGGGAGUGAUGCACAGCCCGUACGUCGAGGACCUCAAGUCCCUGUAUCCUGUGGUGGAGCCUAAUCUGAGUGACUCUGGCAGCCUCGACUGUGUGCUAGAGUUCCUCGUCAUGGCCGGCAAGAGAGACUUGCCUGAGGCUGUGAUGACAAUGGUGCCAGAAGCCUGGCAGAACGACAGGACGAUGCCAGAUGAGAAGCGAGACUUCUACCAUUGGGCAGCAUGUGCCAUGGAGCCAUGGGAUGGUCCAGCACUACUCACUUUCACUGAUGGCCGGUACAUUGGUGCCAUCCUAGAUCGUAAUGGUUUGCGGCCCUCUCGUUUCUAUGUCCUCAAGGACAACAUCAUGGUGAUGGCUUCCGAGGUGGGAGUUUACGACACUGAUCCUGCCAACGUUGCACUCAAGAGCCGACUGAAGCCGGGCAGAAUGUUGUUGGUUGAUACAAAGGAAAAGAGGAUCAUUCAAGAUGUUGAGCUGAAAAUGCGCAUUGCAAAGAGUCGGCCUCACUCAGACUGGCUAAAAGAAGAGAUGAUAACCAUGGAAGAGUUGCGGGCUGCUUCAUCUGUAGUGCCUGAAUCUCCAGCUGCAGUUGUGAUAAACGGAGAGAUGAAGGAAGAGCUCACAGAGCAUGAUAUGACCCGUAUCUGGGGUGGAGAUCGGCGCAUAUCACUAUUUGGCUACUCCAUAGAGACCAUCAACAUGCUGCUGCUGCCCAUGAUCAGGACAAAGAAGGAAGCACUGGGUUCAAUGGGCAAUGAUGCUCCCCUCGCCUGUCUGUCACAGUUUCAACCUCUUCCGUACGAAUACUUCAAGCAGCUGUUUGCUCAGGUGACAAACCCACCCAUAGAUCCAUUCCGAGAGAAGAUCGUCAUGUCCCUGAUGUGCCCAAUUGGACCGGAACAAAACAUCCUCCAACCCAGCGCCAAGCAGUGCCACAGAUUGAUGUUGCCUCAGCCCAUCAUCUCCCUCAGAGACCUGAAAGUCCUCAAGAAGAAUACUCAUAGAGGAUGGAAGACAAAGGAGAUUGAUGUUACCUUUGCGAAGGAAGAAGGUCCUGAAGGUCUAGAGAAAACACUGAACCGUGUCUGUGAUGAGGCAGCUAAGGCGGCAAGGGAUGGUUACCAGCUGAUCGUGCUCUCUGACAGAAAGGCUGGUGCCAACCGGGUCCCAGUGAGUAUGUUGCUUGCUCUAGGUGCCACACACCACCAUCUGAUAGAGGAGAGACAGCGCAUGAAAGUGGGGCUCAUCCUCGAAACUGGAGAGGCCAGGGAGGUGCAUCACGUGUGUGUGCUACUGGGCUAUGGGGCGGACGCCAUUUGUCCAUUCUUUGUGUUUGAGAUGGCCAAGUCCUUGAGAGAGGAGGGUGUGCUUGAGCCCGCACUCACUGAUGAGGUUCUCUACAAGAACUAUUCAGAAGCAAUGGAAAGAGGUAUCUCCAAGGUGAUGGCGAAGAUGGGCAUUUCCACACUGCAGUCUUACAAAGGAGCUCAGAUCUUUGAGGCAGUUGGUCUUGCAGAGGAGGUUGUCAACAAGUGUUUCAAGGGUACUCAAUCACGUAUCGGUGGAGUGACGUUUAAAGUGCUAGCCAAGGAGGCAUAUGAGAGACAUCACCUGGCGUACUCUGACAAGGACAUGCUGGUCUUGAGGAAUCCUGGACUGUACCACUGGAGACAGGGUGGUGAGAAACACAUCAACGAUCCACUCAGUCUUGCCAACCUACAGGAAGCUGCCAUAAACAAAAGCACAAAUGCCUACGACAGGUUUAGAGAGUCCACAUUGGACAGUGUGAGGGACUGUACCAUCAGAGGACAACUGGAGUUUGUUCCGAGUGACAACCCUGUUGACAUAUCUGAGGUAGAGCCAGCGUCGGAGAUAGUCAAGCGGUUUGCCACAGGUGCUAUGAGUUUUGGAAGCAUUUCGUUGGAAGCUCACCAGACACUGGCCGUCGCCAUGAACAAAGUUGGGGGCAAAUCAAACACUGGAGAAGGAGGAGAAAAUCCUGACCGCUACUUAAACCAAGACCCAGACUUCAACAAACGUUCAGCCAUCAAACAGGUGGCGUCAGGCAGGUUCGGAGUGACGAUCUCGUACUUGGCCAACUCGGAUGAUCUGCAGAUUAAGAUGGCACAGGGAGCGAAGCCUGGUGAGGGAGGAGAGCUCCCUGGGUAUAAGGUGACAGAGGACAUUGCCAAGACCAGGCAUUCCGUGGCCGGAGUGGGUCUGAUCUCCCCUCCCCCCCACCAUGACAUCUACUCCAUCGAGGACUUGGCCGAGCUGAUCUACGACCUCAAAUGUGCCAACCCUAAUGCUCGCAUCUCUGUCAAACUAGUCUCUGAGGUUGGAGUCGGUGUUGUAGCAUCAGGAGUUGCCAAGGGUAAAGCUGAACACAUAGUGAUCUCAGGACAUGACGGAGGCACUGGUGCCAGCAGCUGGACAGGUAUCAAGAGCGCAGGACUGCCGUGGGAGCUGGGCAUCGCUGAGACACACCAGGUGUUGGUACUGAACAACCUGAGGUCUCGGGUCAUCGUGCAGGCUGAUGGACAGAUCAGGACUGGAUUUGAUGUGGUGGUGGCAGCCCUGUUGGGUGCUGAUGAGUUUGGGUUCAGCACAGCGCCGUUGAUUGUGAUGGGCUGUACAAUGAUGCGCAAGUGCCACCUCAACACCUGCCCCGUGGGCAUAGCCACACAGGACCCAGAGCUCAGAAAGAAGUUUGCUGGCAAGCCAGAACACGUCAUCAACUAUCUCUUCAUGUUGGCAGAGGAGAUCCGUGGUCACAUGGCAUCACUUGGUAUAAAGAAAUUCCAAGAUCUGAUUGGAAGAACAGAUUUGCUGAGAACCUAUGAGAACAACAGCAAUCCUAAGGCAAAACUGCUCAACCUGGGACUAAUCUUGAAGAAUGCUCUCCACAUGCGACCUGGCGUCAACAUCGUUGGAGGAUCUGAGAGACAGGAUUUCCAACUUGAGAAGCGUCUAGACAACAAGCUGAUUGAACUGGCCCAACCUGUAGUUGACGGCAAACAACCCAAUAUCAACAUUAACAUGGAAAUCAACAAUGAAUGUCGAGCUUUUGCAUCAACUCUUAGUUAUCACAUUGCCAAGAAAUACGGAGAUGAAGGCUUGCCUGACCACAGUAUCAACAUCAACCUGAAGGGAUCAGCUGGCCAAAGCUUUUGUGCGUUCAUGUCCAAAGGCGUCCAUGUCACAUUGGAAGGAGAUGCUAAUGAUUACGUUGGCAAGGGCCUAUCCGGUGGUGAGAUAGUGAUCUAUCCACCGAAGACAUCAGACUUUGAUUCUAUUACCAAUGUGAUCGUGGGCAAUGUGUGUCUGUAUGGAGCCACCUCUGGCAAGGCCUUCUUCCGAGGCAUUGCUGCUGAGAGGUUCUCUGUGCGCAACUCGGGAGUGGUGGCUGUAGUGGAGGGAGUGGGAGACCAUGGCUGUGAAUACAUGACUGGAGGUUGUGCUGUCAUCCUGGGACUGACAGGUCGAAACUUUGCUGCCGGUAUGUCAGGUGGCAUCGCCUACGUGCUUGAUGUAGAUGGAUCAUUUAGAAGCAAGUGCAACCAGGAGAUGGUGGAGUUGUUGCCUUUGGAGCAAGAUGAGGACCUGAAGUACGUCAAGAGUCUGUUAGAAGAGUUCCAUCAGAAGACAGGCUCUAAGAUAGCCCAAGACCUGCUCUCCAGGUGGCCUGCACCUGCUGGACAGUUUGUCAAGGUGUUCCCAUAUGAAUACCAGCGAGCUCUGCGCCAGAUGGCUGAGGCUGCGAACAAAACAGAGGUUGAGAACAUGACAGCGGUCCCAGUAGUCAACAGCGGUGUAAGGGACAUUGAGGAGACCAUCAAUGAUUCUGCUGUGGAGAAAAAGCGACUUGAGAAAGUGCUUGACAAGACCAGAGGAUUUAUGAAGUAUGGACGAGAAAUGGCUCCAUACCGACCGGCAGAGAAACGACUGAAGGACUGGGAUGAGAUCUACAACUUCGGUCAUGUACGUAAGGGCCUGCGGGUGCAGGCAGCUCGCUGCAUGGAGUGCGGAGUGCCGUUCUGUCAGAGUAGCCAUGGCUGCCCACUUGGCAACAUCAUCCCCAAGUGGAACGAUCUUAUCUUCCACAACAACUGGAGCGAGGCUUUGAAACAGCUGUUACAGACCAACAACUUCCCAGAGUUCACUGGACGAGUGUGUCCUGCGCCUUGUGAGGGUGCCUGUGUGCUGGGGAUUAACGAACCUCCAGUAACAAUCAAGAAUAUCGAGUGCUCCAUCAUUGACCAUGCAUUUGAACAAGGCUGGAUCCAGCCUGAACCACCGACCAAACGCACCGGUUUCAAGGUGGCAAUUGUAGGGUCAGGGCCUGCAGGAAUGGCAGCAGCGCACCAGCUCAACAAGGCCGGUCACUUGGUGACAGUUUACGAGCGCAAUGACCGCAUCGGUGGCCUACUGCAGUACGGCAUCCCCACCAUGAAGCUGUCUAAAGAGGUGGUCCAGAGACGAGUCAAGUUGAUGGCUGAUGAGGGUAUUAUCUUCAAGACCAAUAUCAAUGUUGGAAAAGACAUAAGUGCUAAGGAACUGUAUGAGGAAUAUGACUCUGUCGUGCUGUGUACUGGUGCCACCUGGCCACGAGACCUGCCCAUUCCUGGACGUCAACUGGAGGGCAUCCAUUUUGCCAUGAGCUUCCUUGAGUCCUGGCAGAAAAAGCAGAUGGGAGAUGGUAACAUCAAUCCAUUACUGGCCAAAGACAAGGAUGUCAUCAUCAUCGGUGGUGGUGACACUGGCUGUGACUGCAUUGCCACCUCACUCAGACAGGGUGCAAAGAGCAUAACAACAUUUGAAAUUCUGCCAGAGCCUCCCGUAUCUCGUGGCCGAGACAACCCUUGGCCACAGUAUCCACGAGUGUUUAAGCUGGACUAUGGACACGAGGAGGUCAAACUCAAAUUUGGCAAGGACCCUCGCCAGUUCAGCAUCCUCAGCAAGGAAUUCUUGGAUGAUGGCAAUGGGAACGUAUCAGGCAUCCGCACAGUGAUGGUGAAGUGGACCAAGGAUGAUACUGGUCGAUGGAUAAUGGAUGAAGUUCCUAACUCUGAGAAGGUGUACAAGUGCGACCUGGUGCUGCUGGCCAUGGGCUUCCUGGGCCCCGAGCGUUACAUCGCCAAUGACCUGGACCUCACCCUAGACCCCCGCUCCAACUAUGAGACAGCCUCCAGCAAGUACUCCACCUCCGUACCCAAGGUCUUCGCUGCCGGAGACUGCAGACGCGGCCAGUCACUGGUAGUGUGGGCCAUCGCCGAGGGGCGUCAGGCUGCCAGAGAGGUUGAUGCGUUCCUACUGGGCAGCACCACCUUGCCUGGGCCAGGUGGUGUCAUCACCACACUCAUCAGCCAGAAGGGCUAAGACUCUAGCCCCUAUCGACUCCUGAUGACACUGAACAAGACCACUUAACGGCCUGAGGGCGCGAUGGCUGCUCUUCCCAAGAUCAGUAUUAGCCACACUCACUGUAUUGUUGUAUUGAGAUAUUUAUUUUGUAAAUCAAAAAUUAGAUCUGUAAGAAAAUAUUGUAUAAAUUAUUUUCAUCAGUAUAAACUUUAAGGCACAGUUUAACUUAGACUGAGUAGUGAAUAUUACGAGAUUAGGAGCUCACAGUUGAUUAUUUGUUACAGUAAUCCUGAAAAAAAUGUUGGUUGUAGCCAAUUUCUACUGAGUUCUUACUAAGAGACUAAUUUUACAUCUAGCACUUUGUAAGUCGUAGACACUGUAACAUCAGCAAUAAAACAUAUACGAUGUUUAAUUAUUUUAAUGCUUUGUCUGGUUUCGCUCGGACUACAGACAGUAUUGACGGGUGCUUGAACGGCAUUGCGUGCUCCUAAUCGCUCUCUUCCUGUCUGUGUUACUCGUAGUGUUACUGUGUACAUAUGUUACAGUAGUAUGUUAUACAUUAUUUUAUUUCUAUAGUCGUACUAAGAUUGAAGGUUGUGUAUUUUGUAUUGUUGCGAGAAGAAGGGCGUGUACAGAAUUGUUUUGCUAUGUUGUUUAUCAAUAAACUGUAGAAAACCG